GGGCGGGGCCGUGGGCCGGGGUCCGCGUGCGCGAGGCGCGAGGCGGUCACUCGAGCGCGCGCGCCCGCCUACGGUGGCCACUCAGUGUCGCAGCAGCAGCAGGAACAACAACAACAACCACUUACAUUGUACAACAAUUAUUAACAAUAGUUUAUUCAAAUACAGACUUAGUAAUUAGCUUAGCUUGGUAUGAUUUAACGACGCUGCUUUCUUCAACUCGUUAAUUCUAGACGAGGUGGCUUAUUUCGAGGCGGAUAAGCAUCCAGCCAACGCGCAGGAGGACCUGCCGUGGCGUCACAUCAAAAGGGGCCUCCAGACGAGCAUGGAGACCAUCUACGACCAGGAGGUCCCCUACGCGAACACAACGAGCCAAGACGGUGGAGGAGCUCAGCGCCUAGCCGUGGAGCGCAAGAGGAAGUGUAUGGAUCUCGAUGAAGACCUGGCUCAAGACACUGAAGAUCUCUUUCUUACUCUGAGCCAACUGCAGGAAGCCUGGCUGGUGGAGGCCAAGGUUCCUGAUGAGGAGGAACCGUUCAUUCUGGAUUUCUCAUCAGAAAAUUUGGCAUUCCACGCCCCUGUGAAGAUCAAGAAGGAGGGCCGAGGCACGUGCCUGCAGGCAUCCACGUGCGCGCAGGAGCACAUGCAGGGCCUGCUGUCCGCUGCGACCUGCCACUCCAGUCCCGGUGGCUACUCUCUGAAGAGGGAUGGGAUGCUCAGUGUGAGUGGCAGCCCUUCGCCCUCUUGUACAACGCCCGUGUCAUCACUCCAGCAGCAGCAGCAGCAGCAACAGCAGCAGCAACAGCACCAGCAACAACACCAGCAGCAGCAGCAGCAGCCGCAGCCGUGCAGCAGCAGCAGCAGCUCGGCACCGUGCUCACGCCUCAUGCCCAGCCCGGCCCCGGCGCCCUCGCACACCGUCGCAGGGCCCUUUUCAACCCCGUACCCCACGGCGGCCCCUUCUCCUGCCGAUGUCAGCGGCUACAAUGACAGCAGGUUUCAGAGGCAUCUGUCGGAGCCGUGCUCUCCGUAUCCCCCCUCUCAGCACAUGUCUCGCCCAGGCUGCAUCCCCUUCCACCGCCAAGCCUCCGAGCCGCUCAUGGCCCCUUUCCCCCCUCCGCCGGGACCUCCGGGAGGCAUCAAGCAAGAGUACACGGGGCCCAUGGGGUACCCGGGCGAGGAUGCGUACCCUGGCCACCUGGGCCAGCGUUCGCAUGGGCCACAGCCGCCGCAGACGCAUGUCAUGCACGGCAACAUGGGGAGGCCAGACUUUCGACCACCACCCCACAUGGUGCAGGAGCGGUCAGACUGCCCUUACCAAACGGAUAUGCCCACCGGGCAAUCCAUGUACAUGAAUGGAGAAGGCUAUUCGUCAUCACAUAAUGAAGGUGAUGUAAGCGGAUACCGAAGCGUGCCGCCCCCCAUGUACCAGCGCCGUGGCUCGCUGCAGCUGUGGCAGUUCCUUGUGGCGCUUCUGGAGGACCCUGUACACGCCGGCACCAUCGUGUGGACGGGGCGUGGUAUGGAGUUCAAACUCCUCGACCCCGAAGAGGUGGCACGGCUUUGGGGAAUCCAGAAGAACAGGCCAGCCAUGAAUUAUGACAAGCUGAGUCGCUCCCUGCGAUACUACUAUGAGAAGGGCAUCAUGCAGAAGGUGGCGGGCGAGCGGUACGUGUACCGCUUCGUGUGCGACCCCGAGGUCGUCUUCUCCCUCGCCUUCCCGGACAGCCAGCGCGCCGUGGUAAAAACGGAGCGCCGCCGGGCCCCGCCAGCCGAGGGCAGCGCCCCUCCCCACGUGCACUUCAACUCUCACGAGCAUGCCGAGGUCACCUACAGGGACACCGGCGUCUACUGAGUAUGCCCUCCCCCCCCCCCCCCAUAAAAGCUGGAACGCCGAAGACUUCUUGUGACCUCCGUCUUAAAAGCUGCCUGGCAAUAUGCCUACACCACGGUAGAGCCAGGGCUUAAUUUUUCUCCAGUUCUGUCCGGGUGAGUAUACCUAUAUAGCAGCUCUGGCUGUGGCUGAUAUUCACGUGGCCAGCCCACCCACCCAUCCCAAAGCCCUGGUCUAUGGGCAAUCCCAAAAAUAUAUUUGGUGAGAAAUUAAGCCCUUAGUAGAAUGUUGUGGGCAUUCUGGAACGUGUGACUACGAAGAUGGAGAAUCGGGUGUCCUUUACAGCUCGCCUCCUCGGUGCAUGUUUUGCAACAACAAAAGAGUUCCCAUGUGGAUGCGUGUCACCGUUGUGGCUGACGGAACUGUUAUUGCUAUCCCAUUGUACUCGGACAGCGUCGGUUUAUGUACCACUUAGUACGCAAAAAAACCAUAAGUAAAAGCUGAUGACAAUCAUUUGAUUUGUUAGUAUUUGUACAUACAUUCAAAGUAAUUUUAACACGACGCAAACUAUGGUAUAUACGGUAUGUUUUGUUAUAUUAUCAUUUACAAGUUUAUUUUUGGGAAGGAUUAAGUUCAAUGCAUUAUAGAAAAGAUGUUCUGUAAUAGGAUUUGAUGAAUGCGGCUUUCCGCAAUCCCUGGGUAGCUCGCUGACCUCGUGCGGAAUAUAAUUUUUUUGUACAACGCAAACGCAUCCCAGCGUUAAGAUAUUAAGAAGCCGUUUGCAAACGGUGCUGUAAAGAGAUGGGGGAAGGUUGGCCAACUGUUGCAAUUCAGCAUUGUUGGUUUAGAGGGCAGUUAUACCCUGCUCAUUCUCUUCAGCAUGCUAACACUUGUCAUUUCACCAGACACUUGUAUGCCUUUUUGUUCUUUCCGUACGGGCACACGUAGAGUUAUUUUUGUCAAUCCACUGCCAGAUGAGAGCCUCCCUACACUGCGGUUUACCGGGCUUUUGUCAAACGUGGGUCACCGGCCACGCUGGUCAGUGUGGGUCAGUGAAGGCAGGAAUCAUAGAUUUAGGAGCAUAGUACAGUGCAACAAUUGAUUUGUCGGCAUUGUCCUCUGCUAACAAUGCAGCCCUGCAGCGGCUUUACAUCCAAGUAAUAUCUAGGCUCAAUUCGACUUGGCGUUCGAGAUCUAAAUGAGAUCAGGUGCAUUCUGGGUGAUUUGAUCAAACAACGGUACCUUUUUUUAUUCAUAUAAACGAAUAAUGAAAUUAGAAGUGUUGUUAACAUGGCCUGACCUGCAUACAUUCGGAGGUACAACGCAUUUAUGGGAUAUUUGUAACUUUUUAAAGAGUUUUUGUAAUUUUGUAUGUACUGAAAGAGUAUUUUUUUUCCUCGUAUCUAAAAAUGUGUGGUACAGAGUAUUAAACUCGUGGUUAUGCACAUUAUUACUCUUCUGCUGCAGGUUGUAAGUUCUUGCAAAAAUUUGCCUAGGAGGAUUGUAUGCACCUGAGAAAUAUAGUACAGUACAAAUGUUUCUGAAAUACCGACUUUUUCGCCGACAUGUAUACCAAAUGUCUGUGUUAAAAGCUAUGGUAUCGUCAUUUAAAAGCUGUUCACGUUCAGAACAGCUGGAGUUAAAUUGUCAAACCUUGUACAUAGACACUGUAUACUGACACGAAAGCUUUUACAAGAUAAAUGUAACAUUUCUCAGUGAAUUUGUUCUCGCCCUUCUGAUGUUGUUUAUACGGUGCUUUUGUUUUACAAUAAAACUCAAAAAUGACAUUAA